AUGGCGGGAUCAGUCUUCUUGGCAGCUCUUACUGGCGGGGAUCAGUCUUCCCUUAGCAGCUCUACUGGCGGGGAUCACCUUGGCAGCUCUACUGGCGGGGAUCAGUCUUCCCUUAGCAGCUCUACUGGCGGGAUCAGUCUUCCUUGGCAGCUCUUACUGGCGGGAAUCAGUCUUCCCCUUAGCAGCUCUACUGGCGGGGAUCAGUCUUCCCUUGGCAGCUCUUACUGGCGGGGAUCAGUCUUCCUUAGCAGCUCUACUGGCGGGGAUCAGUCUUCCUUAGCAGCUCUUACUGGCGGAUCAGUCUUCCCUUGGCAGCUCUUACUGGCGGGAUCAGUCUUCCCUUGGCAGUCUCUUUGGCGGGGAUCAGUCUUCCUUAGCAGCUCUUACUGGCGGGGAUCAGUCUUCCCUUACAGCUCUUACUGGCGGGAUCAGUCUUCUGCAGCUUACGGCGGGGACGUAGCAUUUACUGGCGGGACAGUCUUCCCUUGGCAGCUCUACUGGCGGGGAUCAGUCUUCCCUUGGCAGCUCUACUGGCGGGGAUCAGUCUUCCCAGCAGCUCUUACUGGCGGGGAUCAGUCUUCCCGGCAGCUCUUACUGGCGGGGAUCAGUCUUCCCUUAGCAGCUCUUACUGGCGGGGAUCAGUCUUCCUUUGCAGCUCUUACUGGCGGGGAUCAGUCUUCCCUUGGCAGCUCUUACUGGCGGGGAUCGUCUUCCUUGCAGUUUACUGGCGGAUCAGUCUUCCUUAGCAGCUCUUACUGGCGGGGAUCAGUCUUCCUUGGCAGCUCUACUGGCGGGGAUCACUCUUACUGGCGGGGAUCAGUCUUCCUUAGCAGCUCUUACUGGGGAUCAGUCUUCCUUGGCAGCUCUACUGGCGGGGAUCAGUCUUCCUUAGCAGCUCUUACUGGCGGGAUCAGUCUUCCCUUGGCAGCUCUUACUGGCGGGAUCAGUCUUCCCUUAGCAGCUCUACUGGCGGGGAUCAGUCUUCCCUGGCAGCUCUUACUGGCGGAUCAGUCUUUAGCAGCUCUUACUGGCGGGGAUCAGUCUUCCCUUGGCAGCUCUUACUGGCGGGAUCAGUCUUCCCUUAGCAGCUCUUACUGGCGGGAUCAGUCUUCCCUUAGCAGCUCUUACUGGCGGGGAUCAGUCUUCCCAGCUCUUACUGGGGAUCAGUCUUCCUUGGCAGCUCUUACUGGCGGGGAUCAGUCUUCCCCAGCAGCUCUUACUGGCGGGAUCAGUCUUCCCUUAGCAGCUCUUACUGGCGGGGAUCAGUCUUCCCGCGCAGCUCUUACUGGCGGGAUCAGUCUUCCCUUGGCAGCUCUUACUGGCGGGAUCAGUCUUCUAGCAGCUCUUACUGGCGGGGAUCAGUCUUCCUUAGCAGCUCUUACUGCUCUUACUGGCGGAUCAGUCUUCGGCAGCUCUUACUGGCGGGAUCAGUCUUCCUUAGCAGCUCUUACUGGCGGGGAUCAGUCUUCCCGCAGCGCUCUUCUGGCGGGGAUCAGUCUUCUAGCAGCUCUUACUGGCGGGGAUCAGUCUUCCUUGGCAGCUCUUACUGGCGGGAUCACUCUUACUGGCGGCGAUCAGUCUUCCCUUAGCAGCUCUUACUGCGGGGAUCAGUCUUCCCGAGCAGCUCUUACUGGCGGGGAUCAGUCUUCCUUAGCAGCUCUUACUGGCGGGAUCAGUCUUCCCAGCAGCGCUACUGGCGGGAUCAGUCUUCAUGCGCUCUUACGGCGGGGAUCAGUCUUCCGAGCAGCUCUUACUGGCGGGAUCAGUCUUCCCGAGCAGCUCUUACUGGCGGGGAUCAGUCUUCCCUUAGCAGCUCUUACUGGCGGGGAUCAGUCUUCCCAUCAGCUCUUACUGGCGGAUCAGUCUUCCUUAGCAGCUCUUACUGGCGGGGAUCAGUCUUCCCAGCAGCUCUUACUGGCGGGAUCAGUCUUCCCUUAG